AUGGGCGUAUCUGUUCAGCGAUACGUAUUGUCUCGCGACAACUGGUCACAACCCCGAGCUCACGGGCCUUCGAAGCGCUCGAGAAUUCGCCGCCGUCUCUCCCGCCCCGUGGCCAUUGAGCUGCCCGAGGAUGUGCUCGCACUGAAGCAAAAUAUCCUUACGUCACACCCAACCAAGCUCACACGGUUUAGUUUGAGUCAUAUGCGUCAUAUGGUUAUUCCACCAGUCCUAAUUCCUAAAAAGCUUAACGACAGUUGUGCAAUGAAAACGGUCGUGUCCGGCAAAUGCGUACCUUUGACUAUGCGUAUGUGGAAGAAUUGCAAGAAAAAGAUCAAACUUCUUGACAAGAUCGCCGAACACGUCACGUAUCGAUAA